UCCUGGGUGCCAGCAUCGGGACCCUCCUUGGCCUUGGUGAGUGCUCCCGGUGCCAGGUGUGGCAGGGAGCUGGGGGUACCAGGGGCUCAGGGCGCAUCCACUGCUCUUCCAGGGCUCUGCCAGUUCUUCAUCGUCCCCAUGAACAUUACAGAGAUGCGUAAGGUGCAACUUUCCUAUGGGCUGGCAGGAGUGACUGCCUUGGGCUGGGCCAUGUCCCCCCACUUCCGCUGCGCCAGCCUGCUCGUGGUCCCCAAAUUCUUUGGCAAGGAGGGUCGGGUCUACAUCCUCUCCCUUGUCCUCGCUGCCAUCUACAACGGGCCCGUGGCCAACAUCUGGCACAACCUGGAGGAGGUGACGCACUCGCUGGGCUGCGUGGCAGAGCUGCAGGUCAACCACAGCCGCAUGCUGUGGCAGAUGUCCACGGCACCCCUGCGCAAGGUGAUGGAGGACAUGGCGAGGAGUGGGCAGAUGCUGAACUCUGAGGUGCAGAACAUUUCACGUGCCUUUGUGGGGCUCAAUGAGGAGGUGGCCAGCGAAGCUGGGUACGACCUGCGGCAGUCCCAGCGCACCAAGCCCCAGCUGGCACCCAGCACCCAGCAGCUCUAUGAGACCAAGACCAAGCUGCGCUGCAAUAAUGUGAUCGAGCUGGGCAUGCAGCACUGCCGGGACUGGUUUGACACCAAGUAUGAUGCUUGCAUGGAGCAGAUAUUCGUGCCCCUCAUCAACCACCUCCUCUGCCUGCCCAUGAAGUUCAAGUUCCUCUGCCACAUUGUGAAGGUUAUGAAUAGCUGGUGCAGGGACAAGAUCCCCGUGGAGGGCAACUUUGGGCAAACAUAUGACAUGAUGAACAGCUCAGUCAGCAACCUCAGCCAGGAGUUCAGCGCCAGCAUCGUCUUCCAGGAGGAUCACCGUGAGAUGCUGUUGGUCACCACCAAGGUGUCCGCAGAGCAGCUGAUGGAGGAAGUGACCUCACACUUCCAGGAGCACAGUGCCCGCCUGGGCCAGACUUUCUCCAUCUUCCGCCUGGUGCUCUCCUUCUCCUUCAUCCUCGUCUUCAUCACGGCUUUCUCCUACACCAAGCAGUACUGUCAGGACAUCUCCUACGACAACCUCUACAUCACCACCUACUUCCGUCAGAUCGAUGCGCGCCGCAGGAAGGAGCGCAAGCGGACGCUGCUGCCGCUGCUCCGUGCAGAGGCCUCGGCCUUCAUCUUCCCGUGCCGGCCCAUGGUGCAACCGCUGGAGCUGCAGAACAUGGUGCUGGAGCUGCUGGAGUGCAUCCCACCCCUGCUUUUCCUCCUGCUGGCCUGCGCCAUGGACCACGUGCUGGUCAGCAUGCUCAGCGCCAUCCAGCAGCACUCUUUUGUGCAGUACUCCUUCCACAGCAGCCACCACUUGUCCAUCCACGUUAUGGGCAGGUCCCUGAUGGCGCAGCUCCUGCGGAGCACCAUCGGCGCCCUCAACACCUCCUCUGACACCCUGCUGGAGACGUCCAACUUGGUGUGCCUGCCGAGGCCGCGCAGCAUGAGCCAGCACCAGUACCUGAGCAGCUGCCUGCCCUUGGCCAUGCUGGUGCUACUCUGCCUGGCCCAGGUCUACAUAUACCGCUUGCGCCGUGUCAUCGCCGCCUUCUACUUCCCCAAGAGGGAGAAGAGCCGCGUGCUCUACCUCUACAACAAGCUGCUGCAGCAGCGCCUGGACUUCAUCCAGCGACAGCGGAAGCGCAUUGUCCAGCGGGCACAGCAGCCCCCAGGACUGAGCACAGCGCUGGUGCACUGGUGCUGCCGCCGCUGGCCCUGUCUAAGCCGCUGGAUGCGCCGGAGCUGCACGGUGUGCGGGGUGCGUGUGGGGCCCCCAGAGCCCGCCUGCCCCACGCCCGCCUGCAUGGCCCCGUACUGCCGGCAGUGCUGGCAUGAGGCGGGAUGUGUCUGCCUGGCCUGUGCCCCCCCAGAGCCCCGCCUUGAUGCCGACAGCAGCGACGAGGGCAUGGGGUACACGGGCUGAGGGCAUGAGGCAAUAAAGUAUGUGAGACCCC